AUGGCAGAUGAUCAAGAGAUAGAGGUGAAAAAAAAUGUGGAAGGUAUAGAAGAAGGGUUUAAUGAAACAAACACUAGUACUAAUUUGGAGCUGACAGUGAAUGAGAUCAUAGAACAACAUGUAGGAUCAUUUGGGUUGUCUCAGUUGUUGCAGGUGUUCUUAGUGUCACUAGCUUGGGUGUUUGAUGCUCAUAACACACUUGUUACUGUAUUCACUGAUUCUCAGCCUGCAUGGAAGUGUAAGGUGGCAGCUUCAUCUUCAUGCUCUUUGAGUGCAGGAAUGUGUGGGCUUGCUCCUGGGACUUGGGAUUGGGUUGGAGGUCAUAAAAGCUCCACCAUUGCUGAGUGGGGUCUCAUUUGUGGCCACAAGUUCAGAGCUGGUGUCCCUGCCUCCAUGUAUUUCAUUGGCUCACUCUUUGGAUCUAUAACACAAGGGCAACUGGCUGACAUGUAUCUCGGCCGGAAAAAGACUAUAGUGUUGUCAUGCCUUCUAACGGCGAUAACAAGCUUCUUGACAUCCUUCUCACCCAACGUUUGGGUGUAUGCUUUCCUCCGCUUCACCAAUGGCUUUGCCCGCUCUGGCAUUGGCAUCUGCUGUCUUGUCCUCUCCACUGAAGCUGUUGGCAGGAAAUGGCGAGGCCAAGUUGGAAACUAUGGCUUCUUCUUUUAUGCUCUUGGCUUUCUCUCCCUCCCUUUGAUUGCCUACACGUCAAGAACCUCCUGGAGAAAUAUAUACAGGAUAAUUUCCCUUUUCCCCCUCAUCUACUCCUUUUUCCUCACACCUUUCAUCUCUGAAUCUCCACGCUGGCUCAUUCUCAAAGGAAGAACAGAUGAAGCCAUGCAAGUCUUGAACAAGCUCGCCAAGUUCAAUGGAAACAAGCUACCAAAAAACCUAACCAUCAUCAACCCUUCCGUCACUGUUAACUCAACUAAAACAAAGAAGUUAUGGUCUGUGAGCUGGGCUGCUAAAAGAAUGGUUGCACUAAUGGUAGCUGGUUUCGGCGUUGGCUUCGUCUACUACGGUGUGCAACUCAACGUGGAGAACUUAAACUUCAACCUUUAUUACACUGUAGCAGCGAAUGCUCUAAUGGAGAUACCAGCUGUUCUCAUUGGGAGUGUUUUGCUGGGUUGCAUGGACCGUCGUGUGAUCUUCUCUUCUGCUUCGAUCCUCGCCGGAGUUUCAUCUAUUCUUUGUAUUCUUUUUGCAAAGAAGAACAAGUCAAAGCGCGGUUGGGGUCAGUUAGGGUUGGAAGCAGUGGGCUUCAUGACUGCAUCGAUGGCGUUUGAUGUGCUUUAUAUCUAUUGUGCUGAGCUCUUUCCGACGAACGUGAGGAACUUUUCUGUGUCGAUGUUGAGACAGACUUUGAUGCUUGGUGGGGCAAUAGCGCCGGUGCUGGUUGUGGUGGGGAGGUUAAGUCCGGCGUUUUCCUUCUUGGUGUUUGGAGUUUUGGCUAUUUUUAGUGGGGUUGUGACAGUGUGGUUGCCGGAGACGAAGCAUGCUCCGUUGUAUGAGACGUUUGAGCAGCAGGAGAAGGAGGAGAAGUUGGGAGCUUCAUCUGAUGGAGUGGAGAUGGUGGAGAGUACACGUAGCUAGCUUUAAUUUGUUGUUAUUUUAGAAGAUGAUGAUAUGUUUUUAAUUGUUUCUAUUUUUAAUUAGUAGUGCUUGAUGUAUUCUAUGUGAUAAGGUUGUCA